AUGGACACCGACGCCGUUGCGGCUUGUUACUACCAGACUGCGCCUCGAACACACAUGCAGUACUUGAUAUCUGCCUCUCGCUUGGCCUUUGCCACUGUUUCAUCCAAGGCUCUUGGCUGGGCUCUUUCUGGUAAGGAGCGCAUUGUGACGCAAGGUAAAGCUACGCCGAGGUGUGCCUUGGAUGAGUCGCUUCGGCUGGUACUGUGCCUGUUGGAGGCACGGGGUAGGGUGCCCGGUUGCGCGUGGUUCUCGGCGCGGAUCCUGGUGCUUCUCAUCCGUGUGCCGACCGUGAGGCCUCAACGGCAUCGUCUCAGGGAAGCUGACAAGUCCUGGAAUGCUUCACCACAGUCGGUGCCCGAUAGAGCUCCCGAUGAUGAUACCCGAUGA